AUGGACUCCUGGAUCUUCCCGUCACUCCUUCCGAACACGUCGGAGCACCUCUUGUACGACAGCUUCCCGCCGACGGACGAGCUGGACCAGCAGAGGAAUGACACGGACCACAGCUUCAACAGAACCAGCACGGUGGUCAUCACUUGCAUGUACUUCCUGGUGUGCGCCAUGGGCCUGUGCGGGAAUGCCCUGGUCAUCUACGUCAUCCUGCGCUACGCCAAGAUGAAGACAGUCACCAACAUCUACAUACUCAACCUGGCGGUGGCAGACGUGCUCUUCAUGCUGGGCCUGCCCUUCAUCGCCAUCCAACUGGCGCUGGUCCACUGGCCGUUUGGCCCGGUGCUGUGCCGGGUGGUCAUGACCGUGGACUCCCUCAAUCAGUUCACCUCUAUCUUCUGCCUGACGGUGAUGAGCGUGGACCGCUACCUGGCCGUGGUGCAUCCCAUCCGCUCCACCCAGUGGCGCAAGCCCCGCGUGGCCAAGACCGUCAACGUGGCGGUGUGGGGGGUGUCGCUCCUGGUCAACCUGCCCAUCGUCAUCUACAGCGGCGUCCUCACCAAACACGACAGCUGCUUCUGCACCAUCGUGUGGCCCGAGCCUCAGGAAGCCUACUACACCGCCUUCAUGUUCUACACCUUCAUACUGGGCUUCUUCCUGCCCCUCCUGGUCAUCUGUCUGUGCUACCUUCUCAUCAUCAUCAAGGUGAAGUCGUCCGGCAUCCGCGUCAGCUCCUCGUCCAAGCGACGACGCUCGGAGAGGAAGGUGACACGAAUGGUGUCUAUCGUGGUGGCCGUCUUCGUCUUGUGCUGGCUGCCCUUCUACGUCUUCAAUGUCACCUCGGUAACGGGCACACUCAGCACCACGCCGGUCCUGCGCAGCACCUUUGCCUUUGUGGUGGUGCUUGGCUAUGCCAACAGCUGCGCCAACCCCAUCCUCUAUGCCUUCCUGUCAGAGAACUUCAAGAAGAGUUUCCAGAACGUUCUGUGUCUCAAGAAGGUGGGCGGCCUGGACGAGGUCGAGCAGAGCGACAGCCACCAGGACAAGUCCCGAAUGAUGGCCGACCCCACAGAGACCCAAAGUAGUCUACUGAACGGUGACCUGCAGACCAGUAUCUGA